GUUCGCUUGUAAUAUACGUAGAGAACGUUCAGUGUGUGUACAUCGUUUUGUGUGCGAUGAUGGCGUUUUCAAUACACGAUUGAAACUUCUCUUUUUUUUUGUAUUCGAAUCAAAUGUGAAAAGUGUUGAUAGUUUUGUGUAAGACACAACAUUGCAAGCAUUAAGUCAGCCAAGAAAAGCAAGAAGAGGAUAGUAAAAAAACAGUCAAUAACCAAGAAGAAAACACCCGAAUCAAAAGGAUUGUUUCGAAGGCAGGCAGAAAAUAUCCAAAUUGGCUGCGCACUCAAGUGAAACAAAAUCAAAUAGCAGGAGAAAAAGUGAGAGAGAAAAAAAAGAAACGAAUUAAAUAAAUCAAAGAGAUAGAAAACGAGAAUCUCAAGUGUUAUGCGUGUACAUGUCAAGGAAAUGGAACAAAAUUUGUUUGAAAACUCGGGCCAAGCGAAGAAGUUGUCAACGUGAGAAUAUUGAAAGCGUACAAACGAAAAUGCAUUUUGAAACAACGAUUUUGGCACAAUUUUGAGAGGAACCGAUAAACUGAAUUGUAUGAUGACGAAAAGAGUCCAAUGAAAAAUAAUUUAGAAAUAUAAAUUUAUAUAACGACAAUUUUGCGGAUGGCUACUCUUCUGAUAUAUUUUUCUUUUGGGGCCGAUAUAAAGUGAUUGACUAAUGCACGGGUUGCUUUAACAACAUCAAAACGACACAUAAAUGAAAUUCGAUUGGAAAAAUAAUCGUCAUCAUUGAGUGGUGUGUAUACGUAUUCAUUUUUAUUUGUAUGCAUUACGAGUACUCUGUUAAAAUGAUGUGGUAUCAACGCAGCAACAAAGUGAAAACAUUAAUGUGCAAAUUGUAAAGUGAAUCCAAAUCGAAAAAUAAAAGUUUCUUUCUGCAGAAAAAAAAAAUCAAAUCGAAACUAAAAUCCCAUUUAGUUUUGGAAAAAAAAAUCAUUUUGCAGUAGAAGCGUAAAUAAAGGCAACAACAAAUUGAAGAAACAAACAAAAAAUAUAAUAUCAUCAUCAACAACAACAAAAAAUAAUAAUAACAUAGUUAAUAUUAAUCAAAUCGUCAGUCACACACAAGCACAAAAUCAACAUCGUGUAACAAGAGAAGAGCAGUGCAAAAAGUGCAAAUAACAACAACAAAAAUUUAUAACUAUAAAAUAAUUCAAGUGAAAAUUGGCUGUGGGUAUUAUAAAAAUAUAACGGCAAAAUAGCGAAUUUUCUUCGAUUACGUGAAAAUAAUAAUAAAAAAAAAAACAAGCAAGCCAUACAGGCCAACACAUCCACACGAAAAAGUGUGCAGUCGCCGACACACCACAUAAUCAAAAGAAAUACACGUCGAAUCGAAAGGAAAAAUGCCUGGCUUAAUCGGAAUUAGUGAGUUCGUCGAUGAGGCAAUCGACGACUAUAAUUCACCGACCACAUCAACAUUCGUAUCAAAAAUGCCUCAAUGCCGUCAAACGAUAUCAGGAUUAGAAGACGCACUGGAAUUCGAUAGAGAAGGGCUAACGAAAUUGAAGAAAGCAGUUAAAGCCAUAUACAAUUCAGGAAAUACUCAUGUAGACAACGAGAUGUGCUUGGUGCGGUCGUUAGAGCGUCUUGGAAGUGCAGCGUUAUCGAAAGAAGAGCCGGAUAUUGGAGCUGCUUUUCUUAAGUUUUCCGUUGUCACCAAAGAAUUGAGCGCAUUAAUGAAAACAUUGAUGCAAAAUAUUAGCAAUAUCAUUAUGUUUCCGGUUGAUACGCUAUUGAAAUCGGAAUUGCGUGGUGUCAAAGGUGAAAUGAAACGCCCAUUUGAUAAAGCUGCCAAAGAUUAUGAAUCCAAGUAUAUGAAAAUUGAAAAGGAGAAAAAAUCACAGGCUAAAGAAGUGGGCAUGAUACGAAGCGAAGUGAAUCCAGCGGAAAUUGCCGAUGAAAUGGAAAAAGAGCGAAAACUUUUUCAGUUGCAAAUGUGUGAGUAUUUAAUCAAAUAUAACGACAUUAAGACGAAAAAAGGUAUUGAGCUGCUGCAACAUCUUGUUGAAUUUUAUCAUGCACAAAAUAAUUAUUUCAAAGAUGGUUUAAAAACAAUAGCACACUUUGGUACUUAUAUCGAUGAUUUAAGCGCAAAAUUACAAAGUAUCAAGCAAAAACAGGACGAUGAACGACGAAAACUAUUUGAGCUACGAACUUUGCUCAGAAGUGCACCGGAUUUUGAUCGUGUUGAGAAUUUAUCAACGGAAAAAGGGACAGGAUAUUCAUUGCAUCAAUUGCAAGGUGAUAAAAAUCAUGGCAUCACAAAAUCAGGACAUUUACUGAAAAAAAGCGAAGGAAAAGUGAGACGCGUUUGGCAGAAGCGACGAUGUCGUGUCACAGCCGAUGGAUUCUUAGAUAUUUACCAUGCAGACGAGUCAAAAGCACCGACACGUGUUAAUCUUCUAACGUGCCAAAUAAAACCAGUCGCUGAUGAUAAACGAAGCUUUGAUCUGAUAAGUUACAAUCGGCCAUAUCAUUUUCAAGCUGAAGAUGAAGCGGAUCAAAAGUCAUGGAUAGCAGUAUUGAUAAAUUGCAAGGAGAAAGCGUUAACUAAAACCUUUCAGCAUACGAAUCCUCAAAUAUCGCCAAGUUUAGUUGAAUUACAAAAGACUCUAAUCAGAUAUGUGGAAAAUUUACCAGGAAAUGAUCAAUGUUGUGAUUGUGGUUCGAAAAAUGAUGUGUCAUGGAUUAGUUUGAAUUUUGGCGUUUUGGUGUGCAUUCAAUGUUCGGGUAUUCAUCGUGAUUUAGGCGUUCAUCAUUCGCGCAUUCAAAGUUUAACGCUGGAUAAUAUCACAACGGCAAAUUUAUUAAUUGCACGUGCCAUGGGAAAUAAUACGCUAAACGAUGUGAUGGAAGCGACAAUUGGCAAUGUCAAACUCGAACCGGACAGCUCAAUGGAAGAACGAUAUGAUUUUAUACGAGCAAAAUAUGUGGCCAAACGUUAUGUGAUGCGAACAUGUUCGAAUGAUUCGGAUUUACGUAACGAAUUGGAGCAAUCGAUAAUAAAUGCUGAUUUGAGUCAAUUGCUUCAAGUUUGGGCUGAAGGUGCCGAUCUAACGGCGGUAUUACCAUCAUCACGACUUGGAGAGACUGCAUUACAUUUAGCUGUUUUACGUGAAAUGGGAUCAACAUUGCAUAUUGUUGAUUUUCUCAUUCAAAAUAUGCCAUCGCAGGGUUUGAAUAAAGCGACCAAUAUUACAAAUUUGGCCGAUUUGCCGGGCAAAAAUACGGCAUUACAUUUAUGUGCGUUGCAUGAUCGACAAGAAUGUAUGAAAUUAUUGUUGCGAUCGGGUGCUGACUAUGAGUUGAAAAAUGAACAGGGAAAAACGGCAUUAGCGAUAACAAAAGAAAUGGGACACGAUGCAUGCCGUGAACUCAUUGAGUGUGCAAUUCGACGACAAAAGGGCGCCUUCGAUCAUAUAAACACCGAUUGGAAUUUACCACAUGACGAUGGUUCAACGGACUUCUCCGACGAUGAUACGGUCGUUGAUGAAAAGAAACGUUCACGUCCGCCAAGCUAUGCUGGCGGUGAAUCGCCCGUUGCCAUUCGAUCACGUUCAUCAACAUGUGAUUCCAUUCAAAGUGGUUCUAGUCCAAAUGCUAUAUCGAAUCAAUUGCAACGUCAAAUGUCAAAUCAAUUGUCAGCAUCAUAUGCAAAUCAAUCAUCCGGCACCAGUCCAAAGCAACAAAAUCUAUUUCCGCAGCCGGGACGUUUGUCGCCUGGUUCAAUGUCAAAUAUCAGUGCUGCUACAGCGGCCGCCAAAAGUUUUGCCCAAGUGACAAAUUUAUCGAAUCGUAAAUCGUUGAGCUCAUCGAAAAUGGAAAAACGCACUGCACCGAUACCACCAAAUCCAACAAUGUAUAGUACACUGCCGCAUGCACCACGGCAUAGUCAAAGUGUUGAUGCCAAAGAAACGCGUAACAUGAACAAAAUACAAUGUGACACCUAUAGCACAUUGCCGCACGUACGAAACUCAGACAAUGCCAAACAAUCGCUUGAUUUGCAUUUUAGCAAUAAAAUCUAUGAGCCGCUACCAUUUGAAGCUGAAAUUGAAACGCCUGAUAAGUAUGAGAAGCAAAAAUACUCCGCCGAUCGGCAACAGCCCAGUGAAUUUACGACAUUUGGUCACAAGCGAUCGCUGAGCGGUGAAUCGAUUGGUCGAAAUUUACAUUUGGCCGGCGCAAAACUUGUAUUACCAUCGAGUUGUGAAAUUCCAAUACUGAAACCUGUUGAUAAAAAUGUGAUAAGACCAAAAUUACCACCACCUGGACCACCGCCAAAUUCAGCCACAACACCGUCAUCGAAUAACGGAAGAGAUAUCAAUCAUGGUGAAAUGGAUUAUGGCACAGAAUAUAGUGAAAAAACUUACUACAGCGAUAGCGGUGACAUGGAUUACUCCAACAAUGGUUUCGAAACUUCUGGUAUAUUGAAUGCAUCAUCCAAUUCAAUUAGUAUUGAUUUGUCACCAGGAAACACAGUAGCACGCGAUCACAACUCCAGCGAUUAUGGAUAUAUGCGAAAAAGACGUCGAUGCAGGGCAUUGUAUGAUUGUAAUGCAGACAAUGACGAUGAGCUCGAAUUUAAAGAAAACGAAAUAAUCGUUGUAUUAAAUGAACGUACCGAUGACGAAAACUGGAUGUACGGUGAAAUUGAAGGAACAUCACGUCGUGGCAUGUUCCCUGUUAGUUUUGUUCAAAUGUUGUCCGAUUAAAGAAAAAAAACACUCAUAUAUAUAUAUAUUUAUGUAUAAAAUAUAAGCAUCUAGAUGAUGGUCAUUUUAUUAUAAUUAUUAUAUUUGAAAUGGAAAAAUGAAACAAAAGACCAUACAAAUAACUGAAAAGUUGAAAUGAAUGAAAAAAACAAAACCAUACUAAAUGUUACAAUCAACCAAUUUUAGGUAUUAAUAUAUGCACUAGAUUAUUAUUAUUAUUAUCCUUUUUAUGUAUUGCAAUUAUUAAAGAAAGCAGAAAACAAUGCGGCUUGAAAAUGUGCUGUGAAUGCUUCGAUGCGAAGAAAAUGAGCAAAGUGUAUAGCCAAUUUGCAGCACAUUUUCGGCCUAUAAAAUAUCAUGCAAAUUGUACUAUUAUUAUUAUUAUUAUUUUUUAAUUUAUAAAAUACUGUUCGUUCACAAUCAUUGAUUAAUUUAUUAAAGAGAGGAAAUACAAAUAUGAAUAACGCA